AUGACCAACGGAGAGGACAUGCCCACUAUGUGGGGCCCACCCAAUGGUAAGGGAAAUAGUAUCCCCCUCUCAAUGACCGCUCUCCCAACCAUGCCAAAAGUGAUUGUGGCCGCGACCCCAUCCCCUGCCAACUCGGCCCAAUCCUCCCCGAGCCUGGUUAGUAACACCCCAGUCGCGAAUACCCACACCACUCCGGAUGAGGAGCCGGAAAUGGAGCUAACCCAAGAAAUACCAGCUGCCCUAGAUACAGACAUCUAUAUGGAAGAGGCCCCAACCCCCCUCCCCACGACUGUUAUCCACCAGUCUCCAGGCCCAUUCAGCACUCCCAAUGAUAAUCAACAAAUGUACAACGCAUACACCCUGCCGAAUGAUUUUGACUAUAAAACCCUCGGAAUCUUUAGCACGCACCUGCGCUUCAAUGUAUCAGAAAGAGCCCAACAAGCCUGGAAGAAUGCCACAGACUACACGGUCAUCAUAGUCCCCCUCUUCAUGGCCUACUCCCUCCCCUGUAUGCAGAAGGCUAAGGUGGAUGCGACCAUCUUCAUAAAACGCGCCUUCCCAACCUCAGCAGCCACAUUCUCAGUGAUCCCAGCAGCAAAAGUUAAUGACCAACAGGGAGACAAACCACUCCCCUGGAGUAUUAUGAUUGCCGGCCUUAGAUACCGUGAUGCUGCAACCUUACUCUAUUAUCAAUUCUGGCUAUCAAAGGCAUUCAGCUUCGCGGCACACCCAGCAUCUGAUUUUACCUCAACUUGGCUAGGUAACUGGGUAUUCGCUGCCGGUGAGGAUGAGGAAGCAGCUGUCACCGAGUGCCUCAAACAAAAUAUGGCGCUAACCAACACAGCAAUCGGCCAACACCUGAUUAAUGAGACCCUCAACACAACUCAUCGCUGUGAAAUAAUUGACUCAGCUGAAGCCCGCCCAAUCACCACAAUCAGGCGCGGCACUCCCUCAACCCACUGGGUCUUCACUGCCAUCUCCCCUCACCCCUCAGAUGCCAACAAACACAGGCAAUGGGUGACUGUGGCCAAAAAUACAGAAUGGUACCACCCAGCCAUAGCAACCGCGAACAAUGCAACCCCCAGAAUACCUGCAAAUGCUGCAAGGGGAGGGACCACUCGACUUACCAAUGCCCUCUGA